GUGAUGACACGGCUUGUUGCCAGGUAAUCUCUACAGACUGCUAACAUGAUGAAAUGUGAAGACAUACUCCGCUGGCUUGUGACUGGGGUUUAACGUUAGUAAAAUUUCAGUUUGCCAUGAUCGUUAAAUCCCUUUGAAGCUGAUAACGCGGUCAAAAACAAUCUAAUAUUACGGUUAGCGUUAGCAUUAGCCAGAGCGCGGAAACGGAAAGAAGGAAGGAGGAAAAAGUCUGAACUGACGGCGGUUUUCAGUAUGCGGAAUCGACAGAGGGCCUCCCACCUGGGGUUGUUGCUUUUGGCCUCCCAACUGUUUCAAGUGGGUCUGGACAACAUCCCACCCAUCACCCUGGCUGUCCUGAGUCUCAAUGUGUACCUUUACCUGUUCCCUGCAGCUCCCCUGUUGCAGGCCUGUGUGAGUGUACAGCAGGCGUACUGGUUUAAGGACUGGCGUCGUCUUGUGCUGUCCCCGCUGCACCAUGUGGAUGAUUGGCAUCUGUACUUCAACAUGGCGUCCUUCCUCUGGAAAGGUAUCAGGCUGGAGCGACGGCUGGGCGGACCCUGGUUCCUCUACCUGCUGUCAGUCUUCUCUCUGCUCACCGGAUUAGUCUAUCUGCUGCUGGAGGCAGUGUUGACAGAGCUCACCCAGGACCAGUCCUACAGCGUGAGCUGUGCUGUUGGCUUCUCAGGCGUCCUGUUUGCUCUGAAGGUGCUCAACAACUACUACCACCCUGGGGGUGUGACCAAUGUGAUGGGCAUCCCAGUGUCCAAUCAGUAUGCUAGCUGGGUGGAGCUAGUGCUGAUCCACAUAACAUCACCUGGGACUUCCUUUGUCGGUCACCUGGCAGGUAUCCUGGUGGGUCUGCUCUACACAUCUGGCCCAUUGAAGACCAUCAUGAAAAAAUGUGCAGAGCUUGUGACAAUGAACGGAUAUAACUCCCGGCCCAGUGCAAACUACAACUCCUCAGGCUUUUCAGGGUACAGAGGCACUGGUGGGGGAUACUCAGGAUACCAUCAGUAUGCAUCAGGUUACACAACAGAUCACACAGCAUCUUAUACAGGUGGACUGACAGAGGAAGAACAGUUAGAGGCAGCCAUCAGAAACAGUGUGAAUGACAGAGGACAAACCAGGCAGAGAGGAGCUCCUCCUCCUUAUGGUUUCAACCACUCAGAAGAGGUGAGCGUCGAGGAAAUGAGAUUGAGGAGACUGAGGAGGUUUGACAGCUGAACUGCCAGAGAGCGGACGUUUAGGCGAUGAGAGAGAGAGAGGAGUUCCCUCCUGAAGACUCCAGACUCUGCGUUUCCAAGCUGAGCAAGAGCUCCCUGAAUGAGAAGGUCUAACCACACAGUCAGACACAUUUAAGAGCUUUUUACUGUGUGGUUCUUUGUAUUAAAGUUCUUCUUCGUUUUUACCAAGAAGUUCAUGUUAGCUAUGGAAAGCUACUUUAAUGCAUCAUUUCUACAUUAUGAUGCUAAUGAGCAGAUUAUGUUUGGGUGUGCAUUCUUCAGAAACAGUGAAUGGGCCUUGAGAAAUGGCCUGAGAAAGUGGACAACAUGGAUAAAAUCCCCUGUCACAGUGUACACAUCUUUAUAUUUUUAAUGCCUGACUUCCUGUGAUGAGCUGUUUUUGCUCAGUUUCCCCACCUUGCACACAAUGGUCUAAUAAAAGCAAAAAUAUUAAGACAUCUAACUCAGUGUAAACAUUAUUGUAAAAUAUCGGGAUCUUUCCCGGCCCUAAUCACUUCAGUAGGAACACUCUUCCAAACUUAACAUCAAACAGUUUCAUUAGAAAUAAUGCAGUAUUUUUUUAACUUAGUCAUUUUUAUCUAUAAAAUGAAUUGAGGAAGUGUUUAUGGAUGGAAGAAUCAGAUGGGAAACUCUUUGGUUACAAAGUUAAGGUAUUAUGUUGAUGCUAAAGUCCAAUAUUUCCAUAAACAGUUGUGCUCAAUGAUUUACCACGGUGUCCACUGUGACAUUAUAAAAUAUCAAAGAUAUGACGGCUGCAGUAUAAAUAACACAUCAGAGUUUCAGCGCAGACACACCAGCAAUGCUUUCCAAACUGAGCCGUCACUCCCUCCAUGCAUCUAACAGAACUCUGUACUGUAUGCUGCCACAUUGC